CCACAUGGACCACAUAACACAUUUUUGAACCCUGCAAUAGCUCCCUCAAACAUGGCCGUAUACAGCCCUAAUUCCUCCAAAUUAACCAACCCCAUCUCCCAAAAUCAAAUCUUUUUCAUUUAAUUUACAUCUUCAUGCAUCAUCCAACCACUUCCAUCCAAUAUUAACCGCUUAAACCCGGUAAUUUCCCCCUUUUCUAUGCCGUAAUCUUGUUCGUUUUUGUUGUUGUUAGCUAUCUGUAUACCACAAUUCAUUCAAUUGUAUGUACAGAAUCUUGAAAAUAAUGAAAAUUUGUUAGGGUUUUGCCUUGAAAUUUGUUUGGAAUUAGUUUUCUUGAAGAAAGCUUUUAGCUUUUUAGGGAUUUGACUGUAUAAAAAACGGAUUACUGUCAAGAAAGUGGAAAUGUUGUUCAAAUAAUUACUGAAGUGCCACCAAGAACUGGAAUUGAUAAUAUGGGUGAUCAAGCAAUUUGGGCAACAGAGGAUGAAUACGUUAACUGGAACAACGAGUCAUUAACCGCCGACGCCUCUUCGAAUUCGAAUCAUAACGGGAGACAAUCGCAAACAAGAUUCGGAAGCGAAACACCAAACAGGAAACCGUCGGGUGAUUCGCAGGCGAAUAACCGAUCAAAAGCGAUAGGAAAAAUGUUUUUCAAGACGAAAAUGUGUUGUAAAUUCAGAGCUGGGACUUGCCCGUAUGUUACGAAUUGCAAUUUCGCACAUAGUGUCGAGGAGUUGCGGAAACCUCCGCCGAAUUGGCAAGAAAUCGUGGCGGCUCAUGAGGAUGAAAGAUCUGAACCAAGAGAAGAAUAUCAGAUUCCGUCGCUUGGGUCGUCUGGUUUUAUCGUUGAAACGCAAAGAUCGUAUAAAGGGCGUCAUUGCAAGAAGUUUUAUACGGAGGAGGGGUGUCCGUAUGGUGAUAGUUGCACUUAUCUUCAUGAUGAGCAGUCGAGAGCUCGAGAAAGUGUUGCAAUUUGUUUAGGUCCUGGUUCUGGCGGUGGAUAUGGUGGCGGUGGAUCAAACGUUAAUGACGGUGGAGAAACGUAUGGUGGUGGUGGUGGAGGAGGAACGCCGCUAGCAGCAUCAUUGAAUUCCGCCGUAAAGCCUUCGAAUUGGAAAACAAGGAUUUGUAACAAGUGGGAGCAAACCGGGUAUUGCCCGUUUGGUAGCAAAUGUCAUUUUGCUCAUGGAGCCACAGAACUGCAUCAAAAUGUCGGUGGGCUUGGAGACACAGAUGCUAAAGAUCCUGCUACUGUUUCGGACCCAAACAAGCAAGGAAUGAUGGUUUCGAAGCUUGCUACCGAUAAUAUGGUAGUGGGCUCGACCCCUAUAGCGGCCCAGUCCGAUGGUUACCAUGUUGGAGGUCAGUCACAGAGGCUGCCCGGUGUGAUUAUGAGGACCGGGCUGAGAUCGUUUCAGAAAUGGAAGGGCCCGGAUAAACUCAGCCGCAUUUAUGGGGAUUGGAUUGAUGAUAUCGAGUAGGCUUGUUAUAGCCAAUGCCUCUAGUGAAGCUAGUUUUUGCAAACGUUGUUUGGCCCGUUUUGACUCGGUUUGCGUAUGACGUUUUUUUUUAACUUAUAAUGUUGAAAGACUUGACAAGUUCUUGUCUUUCGUUAAAUGUUGUUCGUUUGAACCAAACUGUUUUUAUGCAGUUUCAGGCAUUUUAGGAUCA